AUAUGAAUAAAUAAAUUAUUUAAUAUUUUGCAGUUAGACCACUUCAAAGUAGUACUACCAUUAUCAAUGAGUAAAAGAGACGAUUUGAUAGCAACCAUAGAGUCCGACUCGGAAGGAGAAGGAGGAAUAGUAUAUGAAUCUGAAUCGGAAUAUGAGUCUGAACCAGAACUUGCAAAGAUAAAGAAGGCUAAGGCAUCGAAGAAGUCGAAGUCUAAGUCUAAAGCCAAGUCUAAGUCUAAAUCCAAUGCUAAUGGAGUAAAUGUAGAUGAAGAAGAAAAAGAAGAAGAAAAUGAUAUCAAUCCUAAUUUCACCUUUAGUAUAGAUGGGUUUCUGAAUGUAGAAUCUUUCGAUGGAUGGGAUUUCAAUCUUGAAAAGAAAAAGAAUGGCGAAGACGUUGAAUAUAAGGAUGUAGAUUUGGAUGGAAUCUUAAGAAGAAAGGGGGGAUUGGUAAAUUUGGCCAGUACUGAAGACUCCAAGCCGGAAGUGGAAGAAGACGAGGAAGAAGACGAGGAAGAAGACGAGGAAGAAGUAGUAGAAGAAGGAGAAAUAGACGAAGAUGAGUUGGCCAUGGAUGGAUUCGGGAUGGGUGCUGAAGAAGAUCAAGACGACGACGAAGAAGAAGAAAAUGAAGACGAAGACGAAGAAGAGGAAGAAGAAGAAGCAGUUGGAGAAGAAAUGGUCCUUAAAGGAGGUGAUGAAGGUGACAUUUCUGAAGAAAAGGAAGACAGUAAAGAAGAUAUGGCUGAAUUUUAUGCCACUGAAGAAGAAUCAUCUAAUGCCAAAACUCAAACUCAUGUAACAUUCCAAUCUUUACAACUUUCACGUCCUGUUUUAAAAGGGUUAGGACAAUUAGGUUAUGUAAAACCAUCACCUAUUCAAUCCGCAUCUAUCCCCAUUGCAUUAUUAGGUAAAGAUAUAGUGGCUGGUGCCGUAACUGGUUCUGGUAAAACUGCCGCUUAUAUGAUUCCUAUAAUAGAAAGAUUAUUAUAUAAACCAGCCAAAAUAGCCACUACUAGAGUCAUAGUAUUAACUCCUACAAGAGAAUUAGCUAUUCAAGUUUGUGAUGUUGGUAAAAAAUUAGGUAGAUUUGUUAAUAAUUUAAAUUUUGGAUUAGCCGUUGGUGGUCUUAAUUUAAGACAACAAGAACAACAAUUAAAAUCUCGUCCUGAUAUAGUAAUUGCUACUCCAGGUAGAUUAAUUGAUCAUAUAAGAAAUUCUCCAUCUUUUUCAAUUGAUGCUUUAGAAAUUUUAGUCAUUGAUGAAGCUGAUAGAAUGUUAGAUGAAGGUUUCCAAGCUGAAUUAACUGAAAUCUUAUCAUUAAUUCCUAAACAUAAAAGACAAACUUUAUUAUUUUCUGCUACUAUGAAUACUAAAAUUCAUGAUUUAAUUCAAUUAUCAUUACAAAAACCAGUUCGUAUAAUGAUAGAUCCUCCAAAAGCUGCUGCUGUUAAAUUAACUCAACAAUUUGUUCGUAUUAGAAAAAGAGAUAAUUUAAAACCAGCAUUAUUAUUUAAUUUACUUAAAGAAUUACCUCAACAAGAAAGAAUAGUUGUUUUUGUGGCUAGAAAGGAACAAGCUCAUAAAUUAAGAAUCUUAUUAGGUUUACUAGGUAUGAAAGUAUCGGAAUUACAUGGAUCUUUAACUCAAGAACAACGUCUUAAAAGUGUUACUGAAUUUAAAAAUUUAACAGUUCCAGUAUUAAUUUGUACAGAUUUAGCUGCUAGAGGGUUAGAUAUUCCAAAAAUUGAAGUAGUUAUAAAUUUCGAUAUGCCAAAGACGUAUGAAAUUUAUUUACAUAGAGUUGGUAGAACUGCUAGAGCUGGUAGAGAUGGUACAUCUAUAUCAUUUAUAGGAGAAUCAAGUCAAGAAAGAGCCAUUGUUAAGGAAGCACUUAAAUCAUUAGAAGAAGAAGGAGAAAAUAAAGCUGUUUCAAGAACUAUAAAUUGGAUUGAAGUUGAAAAAUUAAAUAAGAUUUUAGAAUCUAAAGCAUCAGUUAUAGAGGAAGUAUUAGAAGAAGAAAAGCAAGAGAAAGAAAUCUUACAAGCAGAAAUGGAAUUGAAAAAAGCUUCUAAUAUGAUGAAACAUGAAAAGGAAAUUCAAUCUAGACCUAAAAGAACUUGGUUUGAACUGAAAAAGGAGAAUCAAACUGAAGUUAUGGGACAAUUAACUAAACAUGGUAAGAAGGUUAAUUCUAAGAAACGUAAAGCACUUGAAGAAAAGAAAGAAACUAAAGGUGCUAGAUCUUAUAAAAAGACUAAAGUUGAUAGAAUGACUGAUCAAAAGAGAAAUCCUAAGGCUAAAGAUGGGAAAGGUAAGAAGAGAAAGUAAAUAAUUAUAUAACUUAUAACUUAAUGACUUUUUGUAAAUAUAGUAUAGACCUAUAUGCAGGACAAUCUCCAUUUUCGCUUAUACCCGCUAAUUGCGAACCGUUAAUUACAAACUUUUAACUGAGCC